AUGGGCAAAUCUGCCUCCUCGCAGCUCGCACCCCAGGGAGCGAGCGGCAGGCUGCUAUCACAAGACGAGGAUGACGCGAAUCAAAACAUUGUCGAGCCUCGCAUCCUUAUGAAGCAGCGCGGAAAAGGCUCCAAGAGAGGAAAGGAAGCACGAGACGUCUUGCAAAGCGCGUACACGGCCCUGUGGGAAAUGGCAGAGGGCAGCUUUCUCAGCCCUAAGCAGCAAAAAGCGAUUUGGCCGUAUCUAACCUGGCCGCCCGUACCACAAUGGCAUAUCCUUCAAUUCGAUGCUCAGCAAGACUGGAACUCCCUGGGAUACACCGUGGAGCCGGAUGACCACACAAUCAAGCGAGCUCUUGCUGGGAUCUUCCAACCCAAGCGUCGAGUCUACCCGGGCCAGCUCUACUACAAACACCUCCUCAUUCCUAUCUUCUUUCGCCACCAGGAAGAUGGGUCAGAUGUAUGCAUGUGGGGCAUGAUACAUGUUCAAAAGGGCAAAAACGUCGCCUACUUUCAUGUCUUUACCAAAUGGCAGGAAGAUAUCCAUGGUACGAACGUCAAAGCUUGGUCUAAGAUCUUUGACCCUCAAUCCCUGUUCGGAGGUCACCUCAGGGGAUUCAACAUGAAAAUCGUCAUCCAAGUCCAUAAUGGCGAUCUCGAUGCCCAGGCAUUCAGGAAGCAGAACGAUGUGGAGGAAUGGAGUAAAUGGACAUUCUUUUACUCGAUACAUGUGGCUCGCCAUCUGAUGUUGCUCGGUGCUGCAGAUGACCAAAUCCCACACUUCGACGUCCAGAAGAACGGCCCGGAGGGUGUUGUACAACUUCUUGUCGGAAUUCAUACUGCAUUCGAACAUGCUGGCAUUCAAGUAACGACAAAAUGGCCUCCUAGCAAGCUGGAGGAGGACGAGGAUAAUGUGGUCUUUUAUCGCAAAGUGUGCCAGGAUAUGCGCUACGCCUUUGAACCAGACGAGGUUGAGAUGUCGCUGGUGUCAGAGAGCGACGGCACCAACGAAGACCUUGAUGGAACGACCCUCAUAGAUGAUCUUUCUCCAGACCGCGCUACAUGCGAUGAGACUGAAGAUGAUGAGAUGAUCUGA